GCAACUCGUUUCGCUCUCCACUAGAGAGGUGUGUGAGGGCAUGGAGCUAACGAAGGAGGAUAACAGUAAGAUUAUUUAAACGAUAGGAAUACGAAAAUCAGUUUAGCUGUCAUAAAAUACAGGGUAUGACAUACCGUUGAAAAUAUUCGAGUUGUUUUCGUUGAUUUAAUCGCAGUUUGCUCGCGGUCGCAUGUCAUUGAAUGGCGGCUAGCUAACGUUAGUCAGUUGAUCUGUUAAAGCAGUUGUUCGCAAAUGUCGAACUGUUUGUUUAUCUAGAAAAUUACUGAUAGCGUCUCAUAAUAUUAGACUAGAAUACGAAAAAAAAUGAUUAUGCUCUCAUGCAUUUUAGCUUUCCAUUAAAGUUCUUCCAUUAAACUUGUCGUUAACUAUUUUGCAAGAUAAUCGCUAGUGCAUGUCAACUUGACAUUGCGUUGCACUUGUCUCAGUCUAAUCAAUACAUGGGAACUCAUUUGUAUAGUAAAUCUUUGUUUUUUAGCUAAUUUAGGGCGCAUUAAAAUCCACCUCAAAGUCAGAUCUAGAAAUCAUCGAGUCGUGGUUCUAGAAACAAAGAUGUUCCCCUCCGUCCAGCAUCGGCCCGUGUGCAGUAUAGGGGCCAGAGCUGUCCGAUUGCAAAGCUUUAGCACUUUUAAACAAAGUGGUGCGAUAGAUAGCAAAUCGUGGCGUUUGUCGUGGCUGGGUGAGCGCGUGGGCCUGCUGAUGUCAUGGCUCCAAAAAGCAGGAAGGGGAACGAACAAGCUGGCCUCCGACAAAAAGAAGGAAAGACUGUUGUCUAUAUUCGCCAACCAUUGUAGUUUUGUGACGGGCCAAAGGCUGAGAAGGGCCCUUCAGAUCCGAGAGCUGUACUCAAACCUGUACUCCGAGAGGAGCAGGUGGACACUCGUGGGCAGCAUAUGGCGGCGCCUGCAGAGCAAACACGCCCCCACUGGAAAACUCAUAGCAGCACUGGCUGGGGUCUUCAUGUGGGAAGACCAGAAGAUUGGAGAUGAUGAGCUGAGAAGGUGUGCGUGGGAGCUGCAGGCACUGGAGUCGGUGAGAAGCCAGAACGUGAACCCAAAGACAGCUGUGCAUGUGGAUCCAGGCUGGGAGGUGGUCAUGGAGAAGAAGAACUUCAGAGUUUGGCGGAGACCCAUCCAGGGUAGCCAUCUUUUUGAAUACAGAGUGUUUGGUUCAUAUACAGACGUCACCCCCCGGCAAUUCUUCAAUGUUCAGUUGGACACAGAGUACAGAAAGAAGUGGGACGCGUUGGUUAUUAAACUGGACGUGGUGGACAGGGACGUCAACACAGGCACCGAGGUCAUUCAUUGGGCGACACAUUUUCCAUAUCCCAUGUACUCCAGAGACUAUGUCUAUGUGCGCCGGUAUCAUGUUGACAUGGAGAACAACUUAAUGAUCUUAGUCUCCAGAGCCGUCAGACACCCCAGUCUCCCAGAGACCCAGGAGUUUGUCCGAGUUCACUCUUACCAGUCUAAGAUGGUCAUCCGCCCACACCGGUCAUUUGACGAGAAUGGCUUUGAUUACCUGCUGACUUACAGCGAUGAUCCCCAGACGGUCUUCCCUCGCUAUUGCGUCAGCUGGAUGGUGUCUAGUGGCAUGCCAGACUUCCUGGAGAAGCUUCACACCGCUGCUCUCAGAGCUAAAAACAUGGACGUCGGUCUUAACGACUACGUCAGCAUCAUAAAACCUACCCAACCCACCCAAGAACGAGUAGCUGACAACGCUCACACCGGCGGCCCGAGUCAGAUCUACGCCUGAGCGUCUGGCCACAGCGAUUGAUAUACUGUGGUAAAAUGACCCAGAACAGAGCAGUUUUUGCUUAUGGUAUCAUUAAUUGAAGCCAUAAAGAAAUCCGAACAAUCCAUUUCUAAAAAAGAUCGAUGCCAUUGACCAGUCCUGCACUAGAUGUCAUACUGAGCGCUCACAUCUCCCGUUUUGUAUGCUGUUAGUUUGCUGCUUCUUUCUGUAGGCUGCAUCUGCUGAGAUGAGCCAAAAUAAUGGCAUGUAUUAAUUGUAGAUUCUCCUGCCAAAGCAGUUUUUCACUCCGCAUUUACAGCACGAUCAUCAGAAUCCAUCAUGGUGUUGAGAUGCUGAAAAACAACAGGAGAACAUGUACUGUACACGCCCCACAAGGUUCAACUACAGGAAGCCGUUUGUGCGCAGAGCCACUUUUUUUUUUUUCAUUUUGUGGCUCUUUUUUCCAGUGUAUACUGUGAUAAACUGCUCGCAGCAGAACCAGAUCGACUCACCAUCGUCCUCAUUUACCGUGUGAAUGUUCACUGCCAGUAAAACCCAAACAGCCUUCACAGGAUCACCAAAACUGUGUCUUAUGCCAACCGCAGCAUCCUCACGAUCAGGCUCGGCUUCCUCCUGCGCUCUAGAGGCCUGUUUGAAGUCUAAAACAUCUUCUCUUUUCUGAACUCCAGCAAAUGAGGACACUGGGAUUUGAUGUUGUAAUGAAAGUGGAAGGACGGAGCACAAGUCAGCAUACAAACGCACUGCAGGAUGGAUUUUGUGCAAGUACAAAGAAUUAGGGGGUGUUUUUUUUUUUUUUUGUGAUGGGAUUGUGUGUGUAAUACAUGUUUAAAGUAAUACAGAUGAAUUGGUACAGUCAGACUUGGCUUGUUGAUGCAGAUUACACUGACUUCUAACAACUCUUGUCCUGUUUGGUCUCUAUCCCAUCGUAUGACCUUUAUUUCAUACUGAUGUGUCAUACACCAAUGAAGUUACAGAGACAGUAGCACAUCAGUUUGCUGUGGGGAAAAAAAAAAAGAGUAUGUAAAUGAUCUUAGGUACAUGCAUGUUUGUUUAUGGUCUCUGCAGAGGAACAGUUCAAAUGAAAGCAGAUCUUUGAAUUCCAAGGUCAGAUUUUAUUUGGUGGAUGUGUGCAAAUGUAUUCAUUCAUGACAUCCAGAUGUCCUCUGUUUGAAUGAGGUUAGGACUUGAUAAUGGCGUGCCACUUUUUGUUAUAUGAUUGGUAACUAAUUUUCAAAAAAACAUUGUUGCACUUGAAAUGUGAAUGGUCCCGAAGAUGCAUUGUCCAGUUGAUUAUAUUAUGAUAUCUGUUUUGCAUAUUCGCACUUAUUGAAGGUGUAAUUAAACAGUCCUAUUUAAUCUUGUUCCAUAUGAAAUUGGUUAUUUCCCCUUUUUGUUACUAUAUCUUUGUUUCUUUAAUUUAGUCCGAAUACCCUUGUUACACCAUUCUGUUAAGCUUCAUAAAAAGACAUGGCCUUAAAUGUAUUUGUAUAUGUUUAAUACCUAGAUUGCACUGCCCUGUUUACAUCCCAGGACUCUUUUUGUUUUUUGUUUAAAAAAUAUAUAUUUUAAGGCUAUGGCAAUUAUGGUUUCCUAUGAUUUUUUUUUUUUCUUUUCAUGUUUAAAACUAUUGUUCGAAGUGGUCAGUCAAAAUGUAUUUAGAAAGGUCUUGUUAUUAAGGAAUAUUCCAGGAUUUUAUGCUGUAUUGACAACAUUUGAGGCAUGUUGUUGAUUACCACAGAUAAUAAUUUUGAUUUGUACCUUAGUUCGAAAAAAAAGGGUUUAUUUUUACGAACUGAGGUACAAGUUGAAAUAUGUAUUGUACUAAUACAGCAUAAUUACACUUUUUUUAUUUUUUUUUUGCUCCUUGAUACAUGCAAAUACAAAUAUCCCAGUGUCAUAUCUUGUUCCGUUUUCCAAAAAUAAGUGUUAAUUUAUUUUUAGUAAUUUACAUUACUGUCCAUCCAUCCUUAAUAUGGUUGUUGAGCGCAUUCAGUAAUAUUUUCUUCCAUUUCAUCUAAACAUCCCAUUGAAAUCUCAGAUAUUCACUAGUAUACUAAAAAAAAAAGUGCAUUUUCUUGGUGUUUGACAAUACUCUGCUUAUUUGAGUCAUAGCAUCAUGAUAAAACUCAACCGCAGUUUAAUGUGCUUUAUAGCAUUUUCUCUUUUUCUAAAUUAGAAAUGUUCUACUGUAAUCUCAAGUGAAAUAGUGUAUGUAUGGAUGAUUGAGACGCCAGAAGCAUGAGUUUGUUUUUUGCUCCAAUGUGAAAAUGAACCACCUGAUUCAUUAAUUGGUGACAAUAAAAUAAUUUGAAAUCA